GUUUCUACAAAAUUCUUCAAAACAUCCAACAUUGCACAUUUCGUUCUCUGCAGACUUAGACGCAAGGUCUGACGCCAACAUGCUCUUGUUCCUCUUCUUGUUUGGCCUGGCUCUGGCUGCCGAGUCCCCUUCAGGUGGCCUGCAAGUGAUGCUACAGCGUGGAAACUGUCCCACGUUCUGGUACAACUUCAAUGGUCGCUGCUACAAAUACGUCUCUACACAUCUGAGCUGGGCUGAUGCAGAACUACACUGUGUGUCAGAGGGAGCCAACCUGGUGUCUAUCCACAGUCUGGAGGAACAGACGUUUGUCAAAGACCUAAUCAAGAACUUUGACCACAGUGAGGGAUAUACUUGGAUUGGACUCCAUGACAUACCAAGAGAAGGAGGAUGGAUGUGGUCUGAUGGGUCUGCAGUCGACUUUACCUUCUGGGCACCAGGAGAGCCAAAUAACAAUGAUGGAAAUGAAGAUUGUGCUCACCUCAACUUUGGCACCAACAGGAAAUGGAACGACAGACCUUGUUCUUAUACUCAACCCUCUGUUUGUAUUUCUCGCCUAACCUGUACUUAACAGCUGAGUCAGUGUCAUAUUUCCUGUAUUUCCUAUUGUUGCUCUCAUAAUUGCAUUAAUAAUAUCAUCUCCACUCACUGUACAAAAAGUAUACUACUGAGUGAAUUAGAAUUAAAGCCACACAUAUUCAACAAAA